CUGCUGGCGCGCAUGCGCCUCUGGCGGGAAGAUGCGGCCAAUCACUUCCUCUUCGACACGGCCAUCUUCUGGGGCGACAAGGUGUUGUGUCUGGAGACCGGCCAGACAGCGUGGAACGACGCCUACCAUCUGGCCAAGUCCUACUUUCUCUCGCAUCGCUAUGCGCAGGCCGAGCAUCUCCUCACGACGCCUCUGCGCUUCGGCUCUUCCUCACGGCGCAGCGCCGCGCAUGCAGAUGUCGCCGCGUCGGCCGAGGUGGACCCGCUGGCAGCUGCGCUGGCCGCGACGCGCAGCAACAGCCAGCUGCCGAGCGCCAUGCUGGCGCGUGCCGCCGCGCCGGGCGUACAGGCUGGCGUGCCGGCUGCCGAGUGGCGCGGUGCACACGAGGCGGCGCAGCUGGCCGAGGCGAGUGCGCCGAUGCAGCGCGGCCUGUCGGCCAAUGGCAAGCGCAAGGAGCGGGGCUUUACUGUCAGCGGCACUGGCACCGGCAGCGAGUCGUCGGGCGCCAACGAUGAGGAAGAAGAGCAGCGUAGCUCGCAACGCUUCAAAUGGGCGGAAGAGCAGCGAGAGACGCUGGCGGAUUUGCGCACGGAGAUGCCGCCGCCCGAUGGACCGAGUCUGGUCACGCAGAGCAGCGUGUGUAGAUGGCUUGCGGCACAGUGCAUGGUGCGGCAAGGCAAGCUGUACGAGGCGCUGGACACGCUCAGUGGCGGCAAGGACGAUGCGCAGGAGGUCGAAGAGCGGCACGGCAUCAAGGCACCCGCAGCAGACGGCGGCAUCAAGCUCUCGUCGUCCAAGUGGUUCCUGCGCGGGCAGAUCCAUCUGCGUCUCGACGACAGCGAGGCCGCGACACAAGCCUUCAUGCGCGCCCUGGCACUCGACGUCAAGAACUACGACGCCUUCUGCGCGCUCGUUGAAGGGCGCCUACUCGGCGCGGCAGAGCAGUGGAACUUUGUGCGGGCGCUCGAAUACGUGGCGCAAGCCGGCGAGGCAGAGGAGGCCAAGGAAGGGCAUGAGCUCAUUCGCCUGCUCUACACUUCUCGUCUCGACAAGGAGGGCGCGAUGCAUGCGGCCGCCGCCUCUGCGGCGCGCCGCACACUGCUGGAGCAGUACGACCUCUCGCAGAACGCCGACGUGCUGCUCGGCCUGGCCGAGGAGCUCUUUGCGCGCCUGCGCUUCGAGGAUGCACACGUCGUCACGAGCCGCAUCCUCUCGCUGCGCAUCGACCACGAAGCGACACUGCCGCUGCACAUUGCCGUGCUCUUCCAUCUCCCCGCGCAACGGCCCGCCCUCUUCCUCCUCGCACACCAUCUCUCCGACACGGAGCCGAGUCUGCCUGCGUCGUGGUACGCCGUGGGCAUGUGGUAUGCCGUGGCGCAGCGCUGGGCCGAGGCGCGGCGCUUCUUCAGCAAGGCCGUGCAUCUCGAUCCGCGCUUCUGUGCCGCAUGGAUCGCCUUUGCCCACUCCUUUGCCCUUGAGGGCGAGACAGAGCAGGCGGUGACGAGCUACAGCACGGCGGCGCGCCACUUUCCGCAGAGCCACAUGCCCAAGCUCUUCAUUGGCAUGGAGUACAUCGCCCAGGGCAACCUGCUGCUCGCCAAGCUCUUCCUCGAGGGCAGCCAUGCGCUCUUCGAGCAUGAUCCGCUCUGCUUCAACGAGCGGGGCGUCGUGGCGUUCUACGAGAAGGACUACGAGUCGGCGAUCACUCACUUUCGCACGGCACUGGAGCUGGCGCACGAGACGCAAGAGCCAGCGACGGCGUGGGUGGCCACGCAGCUCAAUCUGGGCCUGGCGUAUCGACGAGCCGGACGCCUAGAACAGGCGACCUUUGCGCUGCGCCGCGUUCUCGAGCUCACGCCUCUCGAUGCGCGUGCACACGCUGCGCUCGGCGCCGUGGCACACGCACAAGGACAGAUCGACGCCGCAGUGGGCUGGUACCAUGCCUCGCUGGCGCUGCACGCCGGCGACGAGGCGACGACGGCGCUGCUCGAGCUCGCGCUGCAGGAGAACGCCACUGCGGCGCCGCUCUCGCACGGCUUGCUCGAGCUGACGGAAGAGGAGGCCGAGGAAGAGGAGGAGGCGGAGCUGGAGAACGUGCAGGUCAAGGAGCAGAGCCUGGAUGUCAGUCUGGGCAGUGCGCUGCGCAGCUACGAGGGCAUGGAGGAGAGCGUCGACAUGGAGCUCACGGACGAGGGCUAGCGCGAGGUGCAGGAGCACGCGGCGCAGCGCAGCGAAUGUACUUGUAUGACAUGUC